AUGGUGUCGCGGCUCUGCGUGCUGUGGGCAGUGGCAGCGCUGGCGCUGCUGAGCCGGCGGGCGGUGGCGGUGGGGCCGGUGGUGCGGUGCGAGCCCUGCGACUCGCGGGCGCUGGAGCAGUGCAAGCCGCUGCCGCCCGAGUGCUCCGAGCUGGUGCGGGAGCCGGGCUGCGGCUGCUGCUUGACCUGCGCCCUGCAGGAGGGGCGCCCGUGCGGAGUCUACAGCGAGCGCUGCGGGGCCGGCCUCAGCUGCCAGCCGCGCCGAGGGGAGCUCAGACCCCUGCAGGCGCUGCUGGAGGGCAGGGGGCUUUGCACCAACGUGACCACGGGCAGCAAGCUGAGGACCUUCCUGCUGCAAGGAGUAGGACCACAUGUUCCAGGAAAUUCCAGUGAUUCAGAAGAAGACCAGAAUGCCAGUAGCAUAGAGAAUCAGGCCAUCCCUAACUCUCACAGGGUGUCAGAUUCCAAAUCACAUCCACAUCACACCAAAAUAGAUAUCAUCAGGAAAGAACAAGCCAAAAAUACACAGCGGUACAAAGUGGAAUAUGAUUCACAAAGUACAGAUACACUGAAUUUCUCUUCUGAAUCCAAACAAGAGACUGAAUAUGGUCCCUGCCGUAGAGAAAUGGAAGAUACAUUAAAUCACCUAAAGAUCCAGAAUGUCUUGAGUCCAAGAGGAUUCCAUAUUCCAAAUUGUGACAAGAAGGGAUUUUACAAGAAAAAGCAAUGCCGCCCAUCCAAAGGCCGAAAGAGAGGCUAUUGCUGGUGUGUGGAUAAAUAUGGACAGCCACUUCCUGGAUAUGAUGGGAAAGGAAAAGGAGAUGUCCACUGCUACAACUUGGAAAGCAAAUGA